AUGAAUGCCUUGCAGAUUGUAGGCAGGGUAAACAACCAGGGCCAGGCAAAACCAAACUCCUGUCUGGCCAUUGACAUUUCCCUGAUCCUUCCUUUCACUCAGCUUCCUUCCACAAUGCCCAAAGGACUCCUGCUGCUGGCUGUUGCCCUGGUGCUACUUGGCCUUGCACAUGGAGCCAUGUUGAGAAAUGAAGAAAAAUGGAAGCCCUUCAACAAUCCUAGAAACCGAGAUCUGUUUUUCAGAACCCUUCAGGCAUAUUUGAAAGGAAGAGGUCCUGAUCUUGGGAUGUUUUCAAAUAUUUCCUCCAUGAACGAGAAUCCCGGACCUCUCUCUUUCCAAUCAGAACUUAUUGCUUCUGCAUUUGCAGAUUAUGAAGAACAGAAAAACUCCUUCCCCAAUUACCUCAAAGCCUGA